UCUCUCUCUCUCUCUCUCUCUCUCUCUCUCUCACACACACACACACACACACUAUAUCUCUCUCAUUCCCUCAGAUGCAGGUGUGUGAGCUGUGCUGUCGCUGAGGAUGCAGUGAGUGCAUGGAGGAGAGUGAGUCUGAUUAGCUCAGUGCUGUGGCGUCACCAUGCCGGACACGGGCGAGAAGAAGCGCAUUCCUCAGGUGUUCGUGGUGGACAGCCAGGCGUUCCCGAGCCAGCCGAGCGGCAAGCAGGACGUCCCGCGACUCCAGCUCAUGCACCUGCUGCUGGCGGCGGCGCUGCUCGGCGUGAUCCUCGAGGCGGGCUGCAUCUGCCACCUCUACAGCCUCUACAGCAGACACACGAUUUCAUCAGAUAUCCAGAAAGUGGAGUUUAGAAAAGCAGAGAAGGACGUAUUUCACGCCAGUGUUAAAGAUCUUAAUGAAAUUUUACCUGAAAAAACCCCUAAAGCUGAUGGCAAACCGGCAGCAUUUCUGCUAAGCGAUUCGGCCGCGUCUGGAGGCAGCGGCAUCCUGGGCUGGAGGACCGACGGCUUCCCCAUGUUCAUGAAGGGAAUGGACUACAAGAACAACAGUCUGUACAUCCAGCAGGACGGCUACUAUUACGUCUUCUCCAAGAUCUCCCACCUGGAGAGUUGCACAUUCUUCCUACACAAACUCAUGAAGUGCUCGGAGAGCUACAAAUACAAGCCCAUGGAGCUGAUACAGAACUCCAGGAUCCUCUGCGUGCCGGAUAAGCCCCAGUCGAGGAGCGGGCGGGGCAACAGUUACCUGGGCGGCAUCUUCCAGCUGAGUAAAGGAGACAGUGUGUUCGUGAUGGUCAAUAACAGCUCGCUGGUCCUCCAUAGCACGUACGAGAACGUUUUUGGUGCCUUCAUGGUCUAAGUACAAAAAGCUGCAGGAAACUUUCUCUCACUCAUACACACACACACAUAGGUUCUCAUUCCGGUUUUAAAUAUUAUUUUUAUAAACACAUUAUGUGAAGCAUUGCAAUAUAACAUUUUUAUAUAUCUUUUUUUCAAGUGGUUGACCGAUAUAUUGCCAAGGUUGAUAUAUCCACCGAUAUUUGCCAUGUUAUGAUACUCUUUUCUGUUUGGCUGAGGUUUCAACUUUUAUUUUGACAGCGCUCAUCCCAUGCUAUCCCAUGCUCCCAAUAGUAAUAAACACAAACAAUAUAAUACUUUUUCAUUUAAGGCCCUUGCACACUGAGUCCGAAAUUCGCGUCCAAAAUUUUCGC